AUGUCCGAUUCCAACGAAAAUUUCGAGAUUGCCAUCGUCGGUGGUGGAAUUGUUGGUCUCAUCACAGCGCUGGGCUUACUAAAGCGGAAUAUUCCUGUCAAGAUAUACGAACAGUCCCGCUCCUUCCGCGAGAUCGGUGCCGGAAUUGGCUUCACUACCAAUGCCAGAAAGUGCAUGGCCCUACUAAAUCCAUUCAUUGAGGAGGCCGUCAACGCCGUAGCCACACACAACGGUGAGAACGAAGACGAGCCCGAAGAGUGCCUCCGUUUCAACGAUGGAUAUACCUGGGAUGAGAAUCGCCCUGACGAAGAAGAUAUGCCUCUGUAUAACCUCGACACUGGGCAUGAGGGAUUUAUUGGCUGUCAUCGGGCUCAUCUCUUAGACGAGCUUGUCAAGAUCAUCCCAGGCGAUGCGGUCGCAUUCCGUAAAAAACUGGUAAAUGUGACAGAUGAAGAUAUAGGGGGAAAGGUGCUUCUGCAUUUUCAGGACGGCACCACAUCCAGCGCUGAUGCAGUUAUUGGAUGCGACGGCAUCAAAUCCAAGGUCCGACAGCUGGUUCUCGGACCGGAUACCCCCGCCGCGUACCCUCACUCCAGCCACAAAAUUGCCUAUAGGGCCUUGAUACCCAUGGACCGCGCAGUAGCCGCCAUCGGAAGCUUCAAAGCCUACAACGAGCAUUGCCACACCGGUCCACGAGCACAUGUCCUGCAUUUCGCGGUGGCAGGUGGUACGAUUCUUAACUUUGUGGCCUUUGCCGAUGAUACUACUGAUUGGGACAAGAGGGGCGAUGGAGUUGCUAACAUGACAAGUCAGACGACAAGGAAGGAGGUCGCUGAUGUAUUCCAGGACUGGGGUCCUACAGUCAAGAGUCUCAUUGACUUGCUGCCAGAUGAAAUUACUAAAUGGGCCAUCUUCGAUACUUACGACUACCCUGCUCCAACGUACGUCAAAGGGAGGCUUUGUCUUGCAGGUGAUGCUGCUCACGCCUCCACUCCUCAUCACGGAGCCGGCGCAGGUAUGGGCGUCGAGGAUGCGCUAGCUUUGGCCACACUCCUUAACAAUGGCACGAAGAUAUUGCAAGGCCUAUCCAGACCUACACAACAUAACAAGUCUGACUUACUGGAGGCCAUGUUCCGGGCUUACGAUACUGUUCGACCACCUCGUGGAAAGUGGCUGGUGAAGAGCAGCCGCGAAGCCUGCGAGAUUUACGAGUGGAACCACCCGGACACUAUGCGUGACUGGGACAAAUGUCUCAAAGACCUCGAGGAAAGAUCGCACAAGAUCUGGGACUAUGAUAUCGAGGAAAUGAUCAGUUGUUUGGAAGCUGAGUUUGCGGAUCAAAUCCAGUCUCGUUUGCAGCCUCGACGAGACUCUGGCCUUCCGAGGGCUGUUGCACCACUGAGAGUCAAGGAUGCCAUUGCGACGUAA